UCUGUUUCCUGCCUGUAGCUGGGUCCUGUAUGGAAGCCCGUGCGAGGCUGUCCCGGAGACCCCGCGCUGCCUGCACCUCUCGUCUUGGUUGACAUGGACGAUGAAGAUGGCAGGUGCCUGCUAGAUGUCAUUUGUGACCCAGAAGCACUAAACGAUUUUCUUCAUGGAUUAGACACCCAUCUGGACACUGACGACCUAUUGGAUGGCUCGAGCAAUCCCUCCAGCUCUUUCUUCUCGGGUGCUGGGUGCCACAUUCCAGAGGUCCUGCCCCCAGUCCAGCUGCUGUCCAAUGAGCAGCCAGUCUUGCCUCGGGUCAGUGUGGACCUGGACUUCCUGGAAGAUGAUGUCAUACUGGGCGAGUCGCCGGGCGGUAGCGGUAGCAACACCAUGGAGCCAUGUGACAUCCUGCAGCAGAGCCUGGCGGAGGCUAACAUUACAGAGCAGAGUCUGCAGGAGGCCGAGGCAGAGCUGGACCUGGGCUCCUUCGACCUCACCAUGCCAGGUCUGACUCAGGUGGUCCAGACCCUGCCCUGUACAGACAGCCUGACUGGGUCUGGAGGGACCGCCGUGGGGGUGGGGCUCCCCAUCUUCCCUGAAGCUCCAGGCUCCUCCGCCACCCCUCCCCAGGCCACAGCUGACAUGCUGGGCUCGGUGCUGGCCCAACAGGGCCUGGAGUUUGGGCCCCAGGUCAUGAACAAGGCCCAGACCAUCAGUAUGCAGCCUUUCAUUCAGCAGGUGGCAGGCCUGGGUAACGUCACCCUUCAGCCAAUCGCCUCCCUCCAGGCUAUACCUAACGGCUGUCAGUCAGGACACCUGGGACUGGGACAGAUACAGGUGAUGGGCCAGCCCACUGUGAUGACUAUGAACCAAUCAGGACAGCCCAUCCUGGCCAAGAGUAUGGGAGGAUACCAGCUGCACCAGCCUGGCCCCGAGGCACAGGGGGCAGGUGGGCAGGGCGGACUGGGAGGGGGACUUCUGAUCCAAGGGGGAAAAGCUACUCUGGGAUCUCCAGUUUUAAAUGGCCCGGCGUUGGGCACUAACAGUAACGGUAGCACCAUAACUGCUGCUGGAAGCUUGGGUCAACAGGGUCAGAACCUGAUCAUCCAGCGAACCCCGACCCCCAUCCAGCCCAAACCCCCCCAGGGGGGUGCAGCCAUCCAGCCCAAACUGUUCAAGCAGCAGCAGGCUCAGCCCCACACCCUCCAGAAUGAUGCCAACAAGGCUCUUGGGGCUCAGGUCCCUGUCUCCGCUGCCCAGAAUGUAGCCUUCCUGACAGGCAAGCCUGGCGCCAACGUGGUCCUGACCUCCCAGGCAGGGCUUCCCCAACAGGCUCUGUUCAAACAGCAGACAGCCCACCACCCCUCUGGGAAAGCACUCAGUGUCCACCUGCUCAACCAGCCUGGCAGCAUCAUGCUGGGGGGGCAGAACCACCAGUUCCUCCUGCCACAGCAGCUAGCUGGGGGUCAGAUCCUGACGCAGCACCCUGGGGGCCACAUCAUCACCUCCCGGGGGCCUGGGGGCCAGCUGAUAGCCAACCAGAUCCUGGCUCAGCACCAGAACAUCAACCUGGGCCAAGUGCUGACUACUCAGGGCCACCCUCUGCUCCAGGGCCACAUCCAGCUGCAGCCGGGCCAGAUGGGUGUGGGACAUCAGCUCUUCCAGAUGCCUGUCACCCUCUCCCAGAGCCAGAGCCACCCAGUCACGGGCCACCAGGCCCACACAGUGAUCCAGGGCAUGCCCUUGCACAACUCCCUGGCCAUGCUGAGCCAGGUAGAAGGGUUGAGUCCUGCUGUCAGCCUGCAGCCCGCUCUGCAGCCACAGCCAGGGGGCGUUCCCAGCAGCGGGGUGGGAGGGGCUGCUGCCAUUGCACAGGGCCAGCCUGGGGGGAGUGUGCCGAUGCGGGGGAGUUCUACAGACCAGGCAGCCCACCCUGGACAAGCCCCUCAGCCCUCCUCCAUCCUCUCUAUGCAGGCUGGGCCCUCUGUCUCCAUGGCCAUGCCUGUCUCCUCCUCCUCUCCGUCCUUAUCUGUAUCCACCACACUGGUCCCCCACCUAGCCCAGCAGCACAGCCCCGGGAGCAGGGUGCUCUUCACGGGCCACCAGGGCUCCAGCAUGAUCCUCAGCCAGGAACACCUCCAGAUGUUCCUCCAGCAGGACCAGCGACAAACAGAGAAUGAUCCCGUCCCCACUGUGUCAGUGGGCGUGCCAGCAUCCGUUAUCGUCAGCAGCAACAGCAGCUUUGGCCAAGCCUCCUCGGGCCAUGACAGCCAAUUAGCUGAGACCGCAGUGGUACAUCAGAUGCCCCAGGCGGGUGGCCAGCAGCAGCAACUGAAGCUCCAGAGCCUGUCCCCCUCCCAGCCCCUGGCCUCCCACACUGCCCUCCCUCUGUCGGACAGCCCACAGCCCUCCUCCCCCCUCCACAUGCAUUCCCCCCAGUCCUGGCCCCCUUCUCAACCCCAGACCACCGCCCGAUCCUGCAUCCCCUCCUCUCUUCCCCCAAUGUUCAUUAUCCAGAACCAGAUACCAGGCCACUCUCAGCCUGCACUACAACAACAACAACAUAUACACCUCCAGCCCCGGCCCCCCUCCCAGCCUGCCCCACAACAACAACAACAGAUAUACCUCCAGCCCCGGCCCCCCUCCCAGCCUGCUCUCUACGAACCGGAUGUCCCCCCUCCCUCUCGCUCCCCCAAAACCCCCCAGAUCCUCCAGGCCCCUCUGCCAGGGCUCCAGUUCACUGCUAGCCAGGUGGGGGACCCCGGGGGUGGGGUGUUGAAGACCCAGGUCUUAACAGCAGAGCGGCAGCACCGCCUGCAGCUGGUUGGUGCUCAGCCCUCUCCACAACAGAAACACAAGAACAUUCUACUACAGGCCAAAUGGCAGCAGCAAAGCCAGCCCCAACCCCAACAGCUUGGUGGUCAACAACAAGACGUGCCUGCUCCUCAGUCAUCUGUGCUGGUCAAGACGCCUGCCACAGCAUUCAAUGACGUGUUGUCAGGAGUUCAGGUGACCCAGGGGGGCGUGGCUCCAGCUAACCAGCCUGGUCAACAGUCACUACACCAGGCUGUGCAGGUGGGAGGGAUGGAGUCCGUGUCAGGUCUGAGUCAGAUGACCUCUACACAGCAGACUUUCAGCCCUGGUCUGGCCUCUCUACAAACACAGACUGCUGCUAUGAAGUUGCCUUUCAGUAUGGCUAAACCCAGCAAGGAAGCCAGGAUGUUGGAGCAGCUGAGGAAGCAGCAGGGCUCAGUCCUCCACCCAGACUACAGCUCUUCCUUCCAGUGCUUUGAAGACACCCUGACCGGCCUGGUGCCUUACCACCUCUACCAGGGCACUGCCACCCCACCACAUGACUAUGACAGAGGUACACACACCCUGACCCGCCUGGUGCCUUACCACCUCUACCAGGGCACCGCCACCGCACCACACGAUUACCACAGAGUGGAUGAUGAGUUUGAGAGGGUUUCCAGACAGCUCCUGAAGAGAACGCAGGCUAUGCUGGAUAAAUACAGACACCUCCUUUUUGAGGAAUCAACGCGCCUUGGCCCGUCAGCUGAGAUGGUAAUGAUGGACAGGAUGUUUAUUCAGGAAGAGAAGAUCUCUCUGGGACAGGACCGCAUCCUCGCCAGAGACAGGCCUGACGAGUAUGUGGCCAACUCAAGGAUGAUGGAGAUUGAGAGUGGAGCUGCCAACAUGGCCCAGUCCAAGCCUCAGCUACAGUCCCAGCCCCACCAUAAGCCUCAGCCCCAUCCUCAGCCCCUGUCCCAUCCUCAGCCCCUGUCCCUGCCCCAUCCUCAGCUCCAGUCCGAGCCCCAUCCUGAACCCCUGUCCGAGCCCCAUCCUGAACCCCUGUCCGAGCCCCAUCCUGAACCCCUGUCCGAGCCCCAUCCUGAACCCCUGUCCGAGCCCCAUCCUGAACCCCUGUCCGAGCCCCAUCCUGAACCCCAGCCUCAGCCCCGUUCCCAGCCUCAACCCCAGUGGUUUGAGCCCAGCCCCGUAAGGAGUGGUGUUGCCCCUGCUCCAGCCCCAACACCGAUCCCGGACCACUUCCCCUCCACCAAGCUGGUGAUAAAGCAGGGAGGAGCGGGGGCAUCUGUCUCCUGGUCCAGCUCCCCAGCUCCUGUGGCCAGGCCGGGGUCAGGAAUUAGACAGACAGCCGACAUCCAGAGUCACAGCUCCUCCUUCAGCCGCGCUCCUCCACCUCCCACCCGUCAGUCACCCCACCACCCUUUCUCCUCCUCUCGUCCAGCUGAGGAUGAUGAUACUCUCCCCCGGAGGACCAGUAAACCCCCCAUGAAGACGUACGCCGCCCGCCCACGCAUCGGCUUGAAGCUCAAGAUCAAGCAGGAGGCGGGGUUUAGUAAGGUGGUGCAUAACACCGCCCUCGACCCGGUCCACACACCAUCCACACCCAACCAUAAGCCACAGCCACUCCCUACCACCCUGCCCCACCCGGCGCCUCCACUCCCUACCACCCUGCCCCACCCGGCGCCUCCACUCCCUACCACCCUGCCCCACCCGGCGCCUCCACUCCCUACCACCCUGCCCCACCCGGCGCCUCCACUCCCUACCACCCUGCCCCACCCGGCGCCUCCACUCCCUACCACCCUGCCCCAACCGGCACUCCCUACCACCCUGCCCCAACCGGCACCGGCACUCCCUACCACCCGGCCCCAAUCGGCACCGGCACUCCCUACCACCCUGCCCCACCCGGCGCCUCCACUCCCUACCACCCUGCCCCAACCGGCACCGGCACUCCCUACCACCCUGCCCCACCCGGCGCCUCCACUCCCUACCACCCUGCCCCACCCGGCGCCUCCACUCCCUACCACCCUGCCCCAACCGGCACUCCCUACCACCCUGCCCCACCCGGCACCGGCACUCCCUACCCCACGACCCCAACCGGCGCCGGCACUCCCUACCACCCUGCCCCAACCGGCACCGGCACUCCCUACCACCCUGCCCCACCCGGCGCCUCCACUCCCUACCCCACGACCCCAACCGGCACUCCCUACCCCACGACCCCAACCGGCGCCGGCACUCCCUACCCCACGACCCCAACCGGCGCCGGCACUCCCUACCACACGACCCCAACCGGCGCCGGCACUCCCUACCACACGACCCCAACCGGCGCCGGCACUCCCUAAAGCCCAAACAGCAGCACUAGCCACGCCGCCUUCUAUAACUGUCAUUAGGACUCCUCUUCCUAGCUGUAACACAGCCUCCUCAGCAAUGGUCUCCAUAGCAACCACACAGGCAACCCCCAUCCCACAGAGAGUCACAGCGCCCGCAUCUUCCUCCACGGCUCAGAUGAAUGGAGCGUUAGAACAUCACAAUGUGGGUGGAGUCAAGCGUAACCCCGCCUCCACGGCCACUUCCCCUCAGACCACCUGCCGCCUGCCUCUACGGAAGACUUACCGGGAGAACAUCAGCCCCCGCGUCCGACCGGGCGUACCGGGAGGAGGAGGAGACAGUGUCCCGUACCCCCGUCCCUCCCCCUCGCCCCCCAAUUCUCCCCCCUCACCCUCUCCCUCCUCAGAGGGGACAGUGAUCACCAGCAUGAAGCUGGAGAAGAGAGGAGGCAGCCCCAGGGAGGGGGGCUCCCACACAGAGCUCAGCCGGGAGGCCCUGAGGCUGGGUAACUCCUCCCCCUCCUCUCCUGGCCUACUGCAGGGCAUCACAAACACCCAGCAGCAUCUCUCAGACAGAGAGGAGGAGAGGGGGAGAGAAGGGGAUCAUUGGGACAGAGGGGCGGACAUGGGGAGGUAUAAGAGGGUGAGCAGUAAAAACCACCAGAGGUCAGGUGGCGGCGGUGGGGGUGAUACGUUCAGAAUGGACCAGCAUGCCCCUGGGCCCCCUUCCUCGCCGCCAGACACUUCUUGUUACAGAGACUCAUCACUUCCUGCUAAGCGCUGUAAGUCAGACUCUCCUGUCAUGGACAACGCCUCCUUCUCCUCCGGCUCCCCGCCACACGAUGAGUCUCUUAACGAGCACCUGCAGUGUGCCAUCGACACCAUCCUCAACUUGCAGGGCCAGGCCCAGGGGCCCACACCGCGCAGAGCCAAAGGGGGCUCCGUCAGGCCACACCACCACCACAGCCAGCGACCCACGGCCCCCCAGCCCUCCUCACACACAUACAGACCCUCAGUCUCCUCUUCAUCUUCAUCCUCUCUGGCCCAUCACUCUCAGGUUGGAGGCAGAGGACUGGUGCCACAGACUCACAGCAGAUAACACACAACAGUUGGGACUGAAGAGAGGAGAGAGGAAUAACUCUCACUGCUCUGACAAGCUCAGUUGACCUUGUUUGUCCAUCUGAAUGUUGUUUACUUUACAACAUGACACAAUGCUCACAGUCACUGGAUGGAUGGUGAUGACUCUCUGUAAAAAGGUAUGCUUUACUCUGGCAGUACACUCUGCUCUCUCAACUACGCUCAAUCAUCAGUUUGAUUAAUUUGUCUCCAGUUGUUUUGUAUUAUUGAAGGUUUUCCUUUUUCAUUCCCACUGUAUUCCAUUCCUUAGUCAUCAUGUUAUAGCUGCUGCCUGCCUGCCUGUAUAACAAAUAAGACCUGGGUCAUGCUCAGUAGGUAUAAAACAGGAGAAAACUACAGGAACUUGUCCAAUAAUAAGAGAUUUGUUUUUCUGUGACUAAAUGUUUGCUCUACUGAAUAUAAUCAAGGCAAGACUGCAUAGAACUCCCUAAAGCCUCUCUUCAGUAGGUAAACCACACACGGAGGAGAGGCUUGUUUUAGCGAUCUCUUCAUCACUACAGAUCCAUGUCUCUUUUUCCAUAUUCUGACUUCUAUCAUCACCACAAAUACACUUUCUGGUUCCAGCUGUUCAAUUCUUCUUAGCUAGAUGGUUAGGUUGUGUUUCUUUCAAAUACAUGUUGUAGUAUGGUUAAAUGUUGAGGUGGUUGGCUGACUUUCUGGUUGACUGUUGAGGCUGGUGCUCUCUUUAAGAACCCUAUUACUGUAAUGACAAUGAAACAUGUAAUUAUGAAAUCACCUUUACAUGUUAAAACAUGUCCUCUGGUUGUCCUGACCAUGGCUGACAUUCAGUAGGCUAGGAUGCAUUUUAGUUAACAUGGUCACAUUUAUCAAAUCCCUUAUUCUCUCCUUCACCCCUCUGUCACUGCCCCCCCCCCCAUCCCCAUCUUCAAAGCCUGUUGGACAAUUCAAAUGCAGAAACAUGGUCAAACGAACAAUAAUGUACAAAAAAAGAGAAUUUGAAGUAUAGUAUUAGAUUAAUUUUGUAUUGUAUUUAUUGUGUAUAAUGACACUUUAAAAUAAAAAAAUAAAACUGUAAAUUAAA